AUGACGUUGAACAAUACACUUUUUUGUGAAUUGUUCGAAAAAGCGGAAAAGAAAUUACCACGAAUGGAAAGUGUCGUUAGCAUCAUACCUCCGUACAAAUGUAUUCACAAGCAUUUACAACGAAUGAAUGUGUUUCAAGAGAAAACGAAAAAAAUGUUACGCAAAGAGCAAUUGGAAUUGGAAAUAAUGAACAGCAAAAUGUCGUGUAUCGAGAAGUUAUUGAAGCCCGAGGAACAAUCCGAGUGGCGUCGUAGUAGAUCACCAAAGGUAUAUCAUCGCUCCAUUAAUGUAGAAGCAUCAAAAUAA